CUAAAUAUUUAUACAGAGGGGGAACGACAUCACUUAUCCAAAACACAUUCAUUCGCUUCAGGGGAAACUACUUGCUGGGUGAAGUUUGAGGGAUCUGCUGUGUUCAUCAGAGGAACAUCACUUCUUUUCGCAGAUAUUUGUUCGGAGAAACUUUUUUUUUAAAACAACUGGUUGUUGACUACCUAGAUAGACAAUGAGGUUUUUAAUAUUUGCUUUGGGUGCGAUUCUAUCUCUCUUUCAGACUGGAAGAAAUCCAGUCAGUGCGGGGAUGUGCUGGCUGCAGCAGGGUCCAGACCAUCGGUGCGACAUGGUCCUGAUGAGAGGGGUGAGCAGAGAGGAGUGCUGCGCUGGGGGGCGUCUGGACACGGCGUGGUCCAACACCAGCAUGCCCCUGAAUGAAGUCAGUCUGCUGGGCUUCCUGGGCAUUGUCUCCUGCAAACCCUGCAAAGACUCAUGUGAGGGAGUCAAAUGCAGUCCUGGGAAGGUUUGCAAGAUGAAAAUGGGAAGGCCCCAGUGUGUGUGCUCUCCAGACUGCUCUCACAUUCCCAAGAAGCACGCCGUGUGCGGCAGCGAUGGCAAGUCUUACAGGGAUGUGUGUGCCCUGCUGAUGGCCCGUUGCAUGGGACACCCAGACCUGGAAGUCAUGUACCAGGGAGAGUGCAAAAAGUCAUGUUCCAGUGUUGUGUGUCCGGGAACCCACACCUGUGUGACUGACCAGACCAACAGCGCUCACUGCGUCAUGUGUCGUACCACACCAUGCCCAACACCCAUGUCAUUCGAACAACAGAUCUGUGGCAACGACAACAUCACUUACCCGAGCGCCUGCCACCUCCGCAGGGCCACCUGCUUCCUCGGCCGCUCCAUAGGAGUCCGCCACUAUGGCCAUUGCAACAGUCCACCUCGGAGCUCUCACAAAUCCAGGGACAGUGAAGAAAAUGCCGUGUAGAAGGUUCCUCCGGCAGGAUAUGAGCUGAAUAACCAAGAUUUCGCACCACUAGCUUCCCAAGAUGACCUCUUCAGUUUGACAAUCACUUCCCCUCUCCUCUCUGUGCACAGAAGGAUGACAUAUUCUGUAUGAAACCCAACUGUUGGAAGAUGCACAUUGUGUUAUUCCUGUUUUGUGGGCGGCAGAUACAUGUUUGUCUAUGUAUGGAGCUCUCUGGGAGAUGUGUGCAUAAUGUAAAUUGAUUACCAAUACUAUUUAUUGGAGAAGGUAUAAAACUAUUUAUGAUUUUAUCCCAGUUAUAAAUUUACUUAACCUAGAUAUAGAUAUAUAGAUAAAUAUUUUGUUUUUGUUGAAUAUUCAGUCACAGGUUUUGGUAUUAACACACUUUACUUUAUAGUCCCCAUUCCACACAAAUCAUUUUCCCUCAUGGUGGUCAAACACGGUUAAGAGAAGUGGUACCACUUAAUGGUGAGUCAGUGUUUGUUUGUUUACCACAGACAACACAUCUGCAGUAUUGUAUGUAAUUCAGCUUCAGUUUGUGUGCAGUGGGAGGGAUUCCUUAACAAACCUGUACAGGCAACAUCCCGGCACACACACACACACUGUUGUUUUUACUCUGGAUCCAGGUCCAAGCUAUUGGUCACCCAGUUCUCACUAACAUUACCAGCAUGUUUUGUUUUUUUUGUUGUUUUUUUUGUGGGAGUCUCAGAGGACUUUCUGGUACAAACCCAAACCCUAUACAAUGCCUACUCUGUUUAUCGCUUGGCUUUGUGUUGUGAGUGCAUUUUUGGAGGUCAUGCAAGUUUGCUCAGAUGUUGUUUUGCCACUUUGAUUUGAGUCUCUGCCCAAAAGAAAAAUACUAUUAAUACCAUCUGACUUGGAGGAAAAUUAAAUUUGUCUGGGAAUGCCCUACAGAUUGUGCCAAUUCAGCAGAGCUGAUUUUAGUGUCUUCAUCUGCUGUUGACACUGGUAAACCUGUCCAUACCCACAAAAACAGUCAAAUGGUCCAGUUAAAUCUUCUAAACUCAAAACAGAUGGCUGAAUACUUUAAACAGUCCUUGUUUGGUAUUAUGAAGCAUUUUAUUGAUUCUUCUGUAAAUAUAUGCCUUAUCUGUACCUACCUGUGUAUCUACUGUGAAAUCUGAAUGACUGCAACUUCAUGUUUUUGUAUUUUUGUACUUACAUUUAAAAAAGCAUAAAGUUUGUGAUUUAUCA